AUGCAGAAUGCCCAAGAUUGGCAGUUUGCAGAUGACUUGCCCUCAGCAAACUUGAAGCGAGCCCUAUCGGCCAUCUCAGAUGUGCCUAUUGCUGUCUUGAAAGCCGAACUCCUGCGGCGAGAUGAGAAGUCGGACGAUACACCGGCAUGCGGCUCCAAGGAUCGGGGAGCCUACAAUACCCCACUGCAUGUCAUGGCAUUGUUCCUCAUCCUCGCGCUGAGUACAUUCGUCCUAGCGCGCCGUUUCCCCGGUCUUCCGAUCCCCCGUCGAUUCUUAUUCAUAUCAAGACAUUUUGGUACCGGUGUAUUGAUAGCGACGGCAUUCGUACAUCUGCUCCCUACAGCAUUCAUCUCACUGACAGAUCCAUGCCUCCCUCGAUUCUGGAGUAAAUCUUACCGUGCUAUGGCCGGCUUCGUUGCGAUGAUAUCGGUCUUUGCGGUUGUCAUCGUGGAAAUGUUCUUUGCGAUGAAAGGCGCAAAGCAUGUUCACGGAAGCGAGUACGACAAACUCAUUGGCGAGGUUGGACAUGACUUGACAAGCUCUGGGGAACCUGAAAAUCCGGAUUACUCGAGACUAGAGGCCCGACAGGUUUCAGACAAUAUCAAUCUGAAUGGCAUGCGGCACAACUCCAAGUCGCGGGCGACGAGGGUUUCAGGUCCAUCAAAUGAUUCCGGUCGUGUCGACUUGCCGGACAACUCGUCAUCCGAUAAGAUGGACGAUCUUGACGAUCUCGAUGAUCUUGAUGGGUUGGAUGACUAUAUGGAUGACGACCGACUCAUCAAUGGAGAGGCCCAAUCCAUGCAGCCACACACUGCUCCCCGACAUCGAGCACGUGUAAGCGAAAGUCGCCAGCAGCAGACGGAUGGAGGUAUACCAGUUCAGAACCCCCAACGUCAGCUUCUGCAAUGCCUCCUUUUGGAGGCUGGCAUUCUGUUCCACAGCAUCUUCAUUGGCAUGGCACUCAGCGUUGCGACAGGCACAUCCUUUGUUGUUUUAUUGAUUGCAAUCAGCUUCCAUCAAACAUUCGAAGGCUUCGCUUUGGGAUCUCGGAUAGCAUCCCUCAUACCGGAUUUAUUCGCUCCGGAUUCCAUGAAACCGUGGCUUAUGUCACUUGCGUACGGAACAACGACGCCCGUUGGCCAAGCUAUCGGUUUAGUUCUACAUAAUCUCUACGAUCCUGCCAGUGCAACUGGACUUCUCAUGGUUGGCAUUACCAAUGCUAUUAGCAGCGGCCUUCUGCUGUUCGCAGGCCUGGUGGAACUUUUGGCCGAGGACUUCUUGAGUGAGUCGAGUUACGAUACCCUCAAGGGCAGACGACGCUUUGAGGCUUGUGUGUCCGUGGCGUGCGGUGCCCUUUUAAUGGCAUUCGUCGGAGCAUUUGCUUGA